CGUCGGCGCUACCACGAGACGAAGGUAGCUGUUGCUUUCAUGAAACUCUUCUUACCGGAUGGGUACGACGUCACUGGAUCAAAGGCGGACGUGUUACAAGCAGGUAAGGAUGCAGAGGCUAACAUCUUGACGUUUCUGCGAGGGCACCACAAGAAAACAAAAGCGUACGGAACAGUGGUUAAAGCCUUAAAACGCAUGCACACUGAGGGCAAGCUGGACGACCACAUACUUCGACACCAAGCACUUACUGCACAGGGGCGCGUUGUAGAGUCGUCUGACACGCGGACGAUCCAUGCGCUGCUCCCACAGCAAGCACCAGACGCUCAAGCCCCGGGCAACAGCGAACGCUAG